CUUUAUGUUGUGGGUCAUGGGGAAGAUGAGUAGGAAACUCCCCAGUAGGCACACACCGUGCUUCACAUGGCUACCCCACCUUGCUCUAAAUUCAGUCUGGUUUUUCACUAGUCUUCCGUAUCCAACUUCCAAGUCAACUGGCGUGUUAAUCAGAGAAACUACAUGCUAUAUAGUGAAGAAACGAGAAAAUAAGUCAUACAAAUACGUUGUUUUAGUUUUGGAAUAAUAGAUUCUUGUUUUUCUUCCUGUGAAUCUAGAAUUUUGAAAUGGCUUCUGUCUCUCUGUUUGUUUUAAUUUUUGUUCUCUCACACCUCGUGCUGCUUCACUCAGCUGAAGAAGGAGGAAAGCCAGAAAACCCAUAUUGUCUGCCCUUUCAAUGUGGAAAAUUAGGUAACAUUAGCUUCCCAUUCACCGAAACCCCACAGCCAUUCCCAUCUUGCGAAAUGCAAGUAGAGUGUGACGAAACACAUCCGAUGAUCAACUUCCCACUGGGCGACUGGAGGAUAACAAGAAGAUAUGAAGUUAUAAACAUCAAUCACACUAACACCGCGCAACACAUCCGUGUCAAGGACCAUUCGCUUUUGGAAUACUUGAAAACCAAUAAAUGCGAGAGCUUAGACAAUUUUACUAUUCCCCACUCUCCAUUUAUCUCUUUUAAACUCACCACACCUCAUUGGUCCCUAUUCAAAUGCUAUCGCCCUCUUCAGAGUACUUCCGAUAGAAAUUUUAAAAAAAUGACCUGCAGAGAUCACUAUAAUUUCUACUAUAGUCCUUCAAACGAGGCUUCUCAGAGUUCUCCUCCUGGAUGUUUACCUAUUCUGCUGCCAGUAGACGAGACUUCACAUGAAGAUGAACUGAAUUUAAUUGCUGAGUUCGACCUUGAAUUGCAAGGAUCUGAUUAUUGUAGCAGUUGUAAUGGUAAAGAAGGAGAAGAGAAUAAAAACAACAACAAAGUGGUGAUACUAUUAGAGAAUAAAAACAACAACAAAGUGGUGAUACCAUUAGCUAUUGGAUGCGCAGUCUCCUUCAUGAGUACCUUGUUCUUUAUUAUCUGGCACCUUUACAAGAAAAAAUAUCCUUCUUCAAACUUGCUAGCAAGGAAUACAUAUUCUGAUCCAUCCUCAAGAUCAGAAGUGGAGGGGUGGAGUGUCUACUAUGGAGUCCCUGUUUUCUCCUACAAUGAACUUGAAAAAGCCACCAAUAAUUUUCAUGUUGAAAAAGAACUUGGGAAUGGAGGAUUCGGAACCGUUUAUCAUGGCAAACUCCAUGAUGGGAGGGAAGUUGCAGUCAAGCGCUUAUAUAGGCCCAACUAUAGACGAGUAGAGCAGUUCAUCAAUGAAGUUGAAAUACUAACACGAUUGCGCCACAAGAAUCUUGUCUCCCUUUAUGGCUGCACUUCACGCCACAGCCGUGAACUUCUUCUUGUGUAUGAAUACAUUCCCAAUGGCACCGUUGCUGAUCAUAUUCAUGGCCAUCAAGCUACACCAGGUUCACUCACAUGGCCAACUCGUAUGAGCAUUGCUAUUGAAACUGCUAGUGCAUUGGCUUACCUCCAUGCUUCUGACAUCAUACAUCGCGAUGUAAAGACUAACAACAUCCUUCUUGAUGACAAUUUCUGCGUCAAAGUUGCUGAUUUUGGGCUUUCCCGGCUGUUCCCUAAUGAUGUUAGCCAUGUCUCAACAGCUCCUCAAGGCACACCAGGUUACGUUGACCCGGAAUAUCGCCAAUGCUACCAGCUUACUAGUAAGAGUGAUGUCUACAGCUUUGGGGUUGUCCUCGUGGAGCUCAUAUCAUCACUGCCACCCGUUGAUGUAUUUAGGCAUAGGCAUGAAAUUAAUUUGGCUAAAUUUGCUGUAAACAAGAUUGAAAAGUGUGCAUUCCAUGAGUUGAUCGACCGAAAUCUUGGAUUUGAGUCAGAUGAGGGAGUCAGAACAAUGACCAUUUUGGUGGCAAAGUUAGCUUUUCAAUGUCUACAACAGGACAAGGAAAUGAGGCCUUCCAUGGAUGAGGUAUUGGAGGCUUUAAAGAAGAUUCAAAGUGGUAAGGAUGCGCAUGAGGAUCAAGAGAUGGCAUAUGAUGAUGUUGGGAUCCUUAAUGUACAGCAACCAGCUUCACCCGAUCAUGAUGAGGUUCAUGUGUUAAGGAAUAAGCGGCUGCCACUUUUACCUGAGGAUGUAACCGAUUUUUGGACUAGUAGGUCUACUACACCUAAUGUCAGGAGUACUUUUUAGGUACUUUCAUAGCACAAUAAAUGGUACACCCUCCUCUCACAUUUAUAGUAAAUUCAUUAAAUUUAUGAUAGAAUCCAUCCUGAAUGUGAGAGGAGAGAGUACCAUUUCACUAUAUAUUUCGGAGUACCUAAGUAUUUUCCCUAAUGUAAAUAGUUGAAAUUUCAUUUUCUUUUCAUCCACUUGUUUGGUUGUUCUUGUUCAUAAUGGCAUAUAAUUGGUAUGUAGAUGUGAGGGAUGCACAUUUACCAAAAUACCUAAA